AUGGAAGGAAUAGAUCGUUUAGACAGAAUUAUUGGGAAAUAUCCUAUGCGAGGAAGAACUGGCAAAUGGACUGUAAGGGUAAUCUUUCACUUUUUCGAUUGUGUUGCUGCUUUAGCAUGGAUAGAGUACCGUUAUGAUGCCAUGAAACUUGGGCGACCCCGAAAGCUAAUCAAGCAAUACCUGGACUUCAAAAUGAAUUUGGCUAAGUAUCUGAUUUAUGGGGGACCAAUUAGACCACCCCUCGUACUGUGUCCAAGCCCUAGUCAGUGUCAGCAGUCCACGUGA